AAAACAAUAGACCCAGACAGUAAACACAUCAGGGAGUGCCGUUACAAAGGCAAAACUCCCGACCGACUACUACUACUACUCACCUCACCUGUGGCAUCAAGAUCAAGGUCAAAGGCGCUCGACCACAACAUUGUAAGGCAGCACUCUCAAAGCUACGAAAGGAACAAGGAAAAAACACUAACAUGUUACAUGAGAGAUAAAAAUGCCAAGGCAGCAACUCCAACACUGCGGGGAGAAGACUUGUGGGGCAGCGGUGUGAUGCUGCAGCGACAACGGUACACACCUGUGACUCCACCCGCCCCACUAUGGCGAACAAAACUGUUCAUUUAUGUGAAUACCACCGCUGGAAUCAAAGGAAUCGGACAGGACUUUCAGGAGCUGUACAGUCACUCUACAGCCACCUGGCUGGGGUGAAGGCACAGUUCAGGACUUCUUCACCACAUGUGACACGCCUCGUCCACACCCUCAAGCAGGACCUGACCAGCAGAGGAGUUACCAGGGACCCGUGGAACUUGGCAAAGAAGUGGGCCACUCCUAGAUCGUUGGUCCCUGAUGUCGCCCGAGGUUUAGGGGACGUGCUGGAAGCCCUUGCCAGUGCCCCCAUAACCUCCACUCAUAUAGGUUACAAGGGCACCCAGCUCAAGCUGUCUGUGAUGCUCAAAGGUGGCCAGAGGGCAGUGUUCAGGCCAAAAAGAUACUCCCGAGCUGAACUGAUAGAAGGAGAAGUGUAUGCUGGUGCAGACAGACACAACGGGGAGGUGGCAGCCUUCCACCUGAGUCGCCUGUUAGCCCUGCCCAUGGUGCCAAUUGCUGUUGGGCGCCGAGUGUCUCCAAGGAAGCACCUCCUCUCAGUGGCUUCCAAGGAACUUGCGGCCACCUUCUUCAAAAGGAGAGGAGGGGAAGUUUGUUUUUAUGGAGUGUGUUACUACUGCCACAAGAACUCCUCUGUGUGUGACAGUGGUGGUACACUGGAGGGCUCUGUCACACUGUGGCUCCCCCCCCACCUCCCCCUCAUGCACCUGCCUCACCCCUGGGCACGCACAUACACACGCACUAAGCUCGCUCCGUGGGAGGAGCAGCCAAACUACUGUGGGGAGGUGAGGAGGCACGUGCCCUACAGCAUCAACAAUUCUCCUCGCCUGCUGGACCUCAUGGACGCUGCCGUGUUUGACUUCCUCAUUCAGAACGGCGACCGGCACCACUACACUGUUGUGGCUGGCAGACCUGAGUCAGCCAUUGUCCUCUUGGAUAAUGGAAAGAGCUUUGGCGAUGCUGAGACUGACCACCUGGACAUUCUGGCGCCCAUCCUUCAGUGCUGUUGGUUGCGACAGACCACUUACGAGCGUCUAGUUCUCCUCACUGGGGGCGGACUGUCUCGAGCAAUGCAGCAACUGCUCAACUCUGACCCCCUAACACCAGUCCUGAACCAUCCUCAUCUUCUUGCCUUGGAUCGUCGUCUUCAGCACAUUCUGGCAGCUCUUGCUUCUUGCCGAGAUCAAAUGGGCGGAUGGCACCAUGUUCUCUACUAGGUUUAACCCAUGCCUGCCACCAUUGGGGAAGUCAUGUGUGUGUGUGUGUGUGUGUGUGUGUGUGUGUGAGCAUUUACCUAGUUGUAUUUACCUUGUUGUAGUAUACAUGGCCUGAGUUACAUUCAUGUGGUCCUAUUUUGGUAUCUAUAAUUGUCCUUUUUUUCUGAAAAUUCCCUACACACUUUGCCUCCAUCUUUUCUUUUAAUUCGUUUCAGGCAUUCAUAUUCCUUUUGGGAAAACUGUACUUUCUUGUGUCAUUAAAACACAUUCCCCUUCUCAACUUCUUGUGAUGUCAACUCUCCACCACCUCUUCCCCUUCUCAGUAACUGCUUUAAUUUUCUGAUUUUUUUAUGCCAUUUAUAAGUUGGUAUAGUGUUCACAUAGCUCUUUUUUCCUUCCAGUUUUAACAGCUGCAUUUCUUUCAAUCUCUCUUCAUAGGUUCAGUCCCCCAGUUCUGGUACCAUCUUGGUGGCUAUCCUAUGUAUUCUCUGUAGUUUCUUUACAUAUUAUUUCUUUUGAAGUGACCAUACCACUUCUGCAUAUUCUAGACUUGGUUUUAUCAUUUGGUUAUAAUCUUCAUUAUUUACCCAGGUAGUGAAAUGCCAUUUUUCUAUUUCUUAACAUGUCAUAUGUAUCUCCAAAAAUGUAAUUUAUGUGCUUUUCCAGUAACAAGUCAUCCUGACGCCUGACACCCAAAUGUUUUUGACAAAUUUCACCGAAGGUGACACUGAUACACCCACAGCAGGUACUCAGCAAAUAUUGUAAUGUAAAUAGAACUUUUUUAAAGAGCCCAUUUCUACUUGAUUUCACAGGACUUUCAUGCAAGAACGAUUUUUGAUGAGGAUAAGCUUGUACUAGGCAUUUAUUUUCUCUCGUUUACCAAUAAAUAAAACAAUGAGAAUAA